GAGCACCAUCGAGUUAGUUCCAGGACGCUUUCAGAAGACGACUCUGGCUUCGCGAAUGCACAUCAGAUACGAGUGCUACUUUUUCGGUUUAUGAACUCGUCCAAUUCUGUAUGAUUGGACGUAUCAGCUAAUUGGAUUCCACCACAACAAAUUCAUAUACACGCACGGAGUUUCUCUGCCGAUAUGAUAGGUUGGUAUGGCAGAUAGGCAAUCCAGUUUUACACGAAAGCGGUUAAUUAAUAACGUAAUUUUUAAAGGCGGAAUGAUGGGCAACAUUAAUUAAUUAUCGCUGUACGUUUUGCAUGAGCCAGGAGAAAUAACCGCGAGGUAUAAUUAGUAAUCGUCCGGUAAUGAGUGCGAGGAAUAUCCGUCACGCGCAGCAUUGGCAGCACCGUCUUCCUCCAGAACAGAGGUCCUGGGUCCGGGUGACGAACGCCAUUGGCGCAGGCGACGGCGGGGGGGCGUGGACGAUCCUUCACCGGAAUGGAGGGGAUAAAACAAGAAUAGUUUGUGGGGAAGACUUUACAGGAACCAUAAUAUUGUCGAACGCCAACCGAGUCAGUUCGCGAUUGUUCCGGUGGGUGUUUUAUGCCAGUGUUUAGUGAACACCAUCAAACUGUUCUCGCCGACGGAAGAUAUGUUGACUAUGGAAUCGGACCUCAAAGGAGGUAGUCUCCAUGCGAACAUGCCGCCUCAUCACGCGUUACAAUCGUACGGAUCCCUCAGUGCACUCGGUCAAGGACCGAUGCACCAGCUGACCCAGCACCCUCACCAGUUGCACCAUCAUCAACAGCCGCCCCAGCUCCAACAUCAGACCCACCAUCAGCCGCAACAUCAGUCGGCUGCCCAUCAUCAGCAAGUCCAACAGGAGGUUAGCAACAACAACAAUAACACAACCAAAGGUCAGAAUGUCGAAAGGGUGAAAAGACCGAUGAACGCUUUCAUGGUCUGGUCCAGGGGACAGAGGAGGAAAAUGGCCCAGGAGAAUCCGAAGAUGCACAACAGCGAGAUCUCGAAAAGGUUAGGUGCCGAAUGGAAGUUGCUUAGCGAGACCGAGAAGCGACCCUUCAUCGACGAGGCGAAGAGAUUACGCGCCUUACACAUGAAAGAACAUCCCGAUUACAAGUACAGACCGAGGAGGAAAACAAAGAAUUCCUUGAAGAAGGACAAGUUUCCCCUGGGCGCCACGAGUGUGUUGCAGAACUCGGACGUUUCGCGUUCGAUGCCAUCGUCCGCGGUCCAACAAGUCACCGCUAGGGACGUGUAUCCCAUGCCCAACGGUUACAUGCCGAACGGUUAUCUGAUGCAUCAUGAAGCGUCCGCGUAUCAACAGCAAUACGGUGGUGCAAGUUACGGAAGAUACGACAUGGGACAGAUGCAACAUAACGCGUACAUGAACGGCGGUUAUGGACAUUACGGCGCCCCGACAGUUCCAAACAGUGCGGGAUCACCUUACGCGAUGCAGCAGCCCAGUUCGUCACACAGUCCAUCGGGUUCCAGUAUAAAAUCUGAGCCAGUGUCGCCUUCGUCAGGCCUACACACGCCUACCCCGGUUGGCAUCAAAAGGGAGUACGUUGGACAGCAGCAGCAAGGCGAUCUGAGGCAGAUGAUCUCGAUGUAUCUACCCCACGAGGGUGUACCUCCGAUGGAACAGUACAGCUCGUCUCAGGGCGCCUUGGGUGCAGGACAUUUAUCUCACAUGUGAGAACCAUUGUUUGCGGCCGAUCUCGAGAUGCCGCACAUGUGAAUUGUGUAAAUAAACGUGUAAAUAUGUAAGAAAACUGUAAAUAAUCGUAAAAUGUCUCGUGGAUUUUCCGUUGAUGAAACGACUGUGGUCCCGUUCUACCUCGAUCGGUAAGUGUUUUGUGGCUCUGGCGACUCUUUCAUUCCAUUCAUGAGUACAAACUUUUUUACCAAUCGUGCAGGAGGUUCUAAGUUUAAUUAGGACCUCUUUUUUACCAUAAUCGACUAUUUAUGCGACGCUAUGACCACAAGCCUUGGAUUCAGUAGAAUGUGACCAUUUUUUACUUCUUAAACAUCAAUUCAAAUUCUUCAAUAAUAAAUGACAUUAUUUCGAAAAUUAUUCGUUUCCUUCUGAACGUCCAACUCAUAUGUUGAUUGAAAAAACCUUCGAAGCAUACUCAGAAUAUUUUCGGUUAAAAAAUGUUUUUGUCAAUAUGCAUCAUUAUGUCUUCAAAUUUAAUAUCUCAACACUUCAAAACAUAUCUACUUAGUACUCAAUCUAAUAUCAUUCAUUAUUUGUUCAAUAAAUUCCGAAAUAUAUGUAGAUUGAGAACUAUAUUAAUAAAAUCUCAUCCUUUCUUUUAACUUGCAGUUUAAAAGAAUCAUUUGAUUAUAUUUGUGAAUUAAUUAAUUCCUGGAAUCUUUAUUUAAUUUGAAUAUGGCAAGAAUGAACUAUUCUUCCUUCCGUCGCGUGGGUUGAUUUUCUUUUCGUCUUCAUUCAUACCAAAUUUUUCGAAAAUGAGCUUCCAAGGUUUUUCCGACAGUACCUAACGCAAAUAUUGAUGGCGUUCAUUUUGAAGCAUAACGUCACACAAAAAUUCGCUUCUGUAAUGUUUUGUGUCCAACCUCCCAGAAAAUUAUCAAAUGAUGUGAUCAUGACGUGAAACAAGAUUUAUUUUUGUAUCGAAAUUCUAAAAGAAAAUUUUGUAUUUUCUUUUCAGAUCAUUUGCGAUCAUUUGCAAUAAUUUUCGAUUGACGUUGUAUGUUUUGUAUAGUACUAUGUUAAUGAAGAAUUUUGAUCUUUUCAUUGUACCGUUGAUUGUUAAUAACAAUGUUAAUAUCAAAAUCACCUUUUCAAUCUGUGAUCUUUCGUAUAUAUAACUUUUAUGAAUUAAAGAUAGUGUUGUUUGUUUCGAUUUAGUAUCACAUACGAGCUUUGUAUAUAUUUAUUAUUGUGAAGUCUUUCAUUUAAAUUGUACAGUGUGUUUACGAAAUUAUUAGUAACUGGAGUAAAUUAUGUAAAUAUAAUUGAAAUUAAUAAGUU